AUGAACACUCUUGAGGCAGACGACUACUGUCGAUUAACGACUGGUGGACGACUGGCGCCGUACAUAGACUCAUUACAGUACAACCACCUGCUUAGUUUACGGCCAGUGGACGCAAAGGACACGUUCAUUGGAACCAAUCAUAUUGCAUUGGAAGACACGUGGGUAAACUUUGACGGAACUCCGAUCCAUAAUAAUGGAUUUAUAUAUACGAUGACAAACUAUCCCGUAGAUCAACCUAAUGGAGGAACCGGACAGAACUGUGCUGUUAUUAAUGCAAAACCUGGUGAUGCGACAUACAUUCCAAGCGAAACCCAGGACAAAUCCUGUACAACACAUUCAUCAACUGACAUGCUUUGUUACAACGAAGGUAAACCAUUCCAACUUUACGAGUCACGUGGUGACGAGUGUAUGAUUGGUGUUCGAAUAGCACGAGAAAUCAGUUCUAGCCCGUCUUCUUACAAAGACGCAUCUAUCAUGGACGAAUACGGGGAUGCCGGUAUAAGUUCCGAGGUUUAG